CUCUUUGAAUAUAUCAGAAAUUUUUAUUAUAUUAAAUUCAUUGAAUAACCAAUUUUGACGUGAUAAAAAAAAUGGCCACCACAUCAUCAUCAACACUGGAACAGUUACGAUCGGUGACCACUGUAGUGGCCGAUACCGGCGAUUUUGAUUCAAUGAAAGAGUUUCGGCCGACCGAUGCCACCACUAAUCCAUCGCUGAUAUUGGCCGCCGCAAARAUACCGAAAUAUUCGGAACUAAUUGAUCGGGCGGUUGACUACGGCAGACAACACGGAAACAAUUUGGAGACAACUAUGGACUAUCUGUUUGUAUUGUUCGGUACUGAGAUCUUGAAGAUAGUUCCCGGACGGGUAUCGACUGAAGUUGAUGCCCGACUAUCGUUCGAUAGGGACGGGUCGGUCAAAAAGGCUCGCCAAUUGAUCCAGUUGUACGAAAAGGCYGGYAUAACCARAGAUCGGGUACUCAUCAAACUGGCCACUACUUGGGAAGGAGUAAAAGCGGCCGAAGAGCUGGAAAAAGAGGGCAUUCACUGUAAUCUAACCCUACUGUUCAACUUUGCACAGGCAGUUGCCUGUGCCGAAUCGGGUAUAACGUUGAUAUCGCCGUUUGUUGGCCGCAUAUACGACUGGUAUGUGGCUAAGACUGGCCAGAAAGUGUACGCGAAUCCGGCCGACGAUCCGGGCGUCCAGAGUGUAACUCGAAUCUAUAAUUACUAUAAAAAACAUGGCUAUAAAACAGUAGUAAUGGGCGCAUCGUUUCGCAAUACAUCCGAAAUCAAAGCACUGGCCGGCUGUGAUUUGUUGACCAUUUCGCCGGCAUUGUUAGGCGAAUUGGCUAAAGAAACUGGUGUCCCAUUGAAACAGGUAUUGUCGCCGGAAUCGGCUGCCCAGCAAACCGACUGUCCGCGCGUACAUUACGAUGAAAAACGAUUUCGUUGGGAACUCAAUGAAGACCAGAUGGCAACCGAUAAACUGAGUGAAGGUAUCCGUAAGUUUGCCGCCGAUGCUAUCGUUUUGGAAAAUCUGAUUAAAGCCAAACUUCAAUAGUAAUAGUAAUAGUUAUAAUAAUAAUAAUAAUAAUAAU